AUGACAUUGAUCUCUCACAAGAUGAGGAGUUGCAGUUCCAGAUACUUGACACUGGCUGCAGCCGUGAUCUUGCUUCUGGUACUGACAGCGGCCACAGAGGCUGAAGCCAUCCGGCUAGAUGCAGAGGUGCGGACAUCACUCAGCAGCAGCGGUGGCAACUCAGUGUCGUCAAUGCAGAAACCGAUUGGGACCAAUGUCAUCGAGGGAUCUGCUGGCUCGACAAGUGAGACAAAGAGGAGCGUCCACGUUGCUGCAGAUGAAGUUAGUGCGGCGGCGCAUAAGUUGCCGGAGUUUCAUGAGGACUACUAUGGUCCAAAAGAUCACAGCCCUAGGCACCAUUGA